CAACAAAUCCCCAUCACUUGAUGACGAUCCUCUCCUUUCACGACUUCUCAUGCCAUUCUCCAGCAGACCAGGCAUGCGAUCAUGAUGAGUGCGUUUGUAUUCCUCUUUUGCCUUUCCUGGGUGCCAUCAUUCGCCUAUGCACGCUGCGAAUGCGGCUUUUAUGAUGUUGCCACGGGAAGUCUCUGGACCGACGCUCUGAUCAGCUAUUUCAACGAGAGCGACGGUGCUAUCUUUGAUCCAGUCGACAAGAACGGCGAUUUCCUCGGGAGCUCAACAGAUGGCGCUCUUUGGUCCAAUGUCGAGAACCUCAACGAGUGGGAGGACGGGUGGGUGAUAGCUGCGUCUCCGCCGAGCUGCUCAUCUGCUGACAGUAUGCGCCUGGCCGCCGAAAAGGUACACCGCCACAUUUCGAUCUGGAAGCCACACAUCGAAUGCGUACAUGACGGCCAACGCUUCUCUUGAUGCACUCGCUCUGGAGGUCCAACCGGCAUUGCUCAAAGAGCGCAUCUCUUACGGCGCUCAAAUUCGUUCGCAAAGGCAGGACAUCCUGUUUGGCUCUUUCACGAGUGAGUGUCGUCGAGUGUCCGAUACAUCAUCAGUGUGUGUGCUGAUGUUUGCGACCGUGCCGA